AUGAAAGCAGUGGUCUUAGCUGUUGUUUUUGCUGUUCUAUCGGUUCUAGUUCAGUCAAAUGAGUCCGUUCCGGUAAAUUAUGGCAUCGUCGUCUUUCCAGCUUUCCAGGCGCUUGAUGUCUUUGGGCCCCUUGACGCUUUAAACAUGCUCUCUUUCGCAUACCCACUCAACCUCUUCAUCAUCGCUGAGACCCUCGACCCUGUCACCACCAAGCCGCAGUCGAGUCAGAUGAAUUUCAUGAAUUCCAACUUCUCCGAAUCCAUCGUACCUACCCACACCUUUGACUCGCCGCCUGAAUCGCUCGAUGUGCUCAUCGUGCCGGGGGGCCUUGGCACACGCGCCUCGGGUCUUAAUGCCACCAUUGAUUAUAUCGCUGCUACUUACCCAUCUCUGCAAUAUCUGGUUACAGUUUGCACUGGCGCGACUCUUGCGGCGAGAGCAGGUGUACUUGACGGGAAGAACGCUACUACCAAUAAAAAAUCAUGGGAGUGGGCGACGUCGCAAGGACCUAACGUCAACUGGAUUGCGCAUGCUCGAUGGGUAGUUGAUGGCAAUAUCUACACUACGUCUGGUGUCAGUGCUGGCAUUGAUGGGACAUAUGCUUUCAUAGAGGCCGUGUACGGUGCUGACGCAACGGAAUCUGUAGCCAAUUCGAUGGAGUAUGUGAGGGAGACUAAUUCGAGUUGGGACCCAUUUGCAGAAUUAUACGGUUUGUAA